AUGUACAGAUCAUCGAUAAGCAUCCAGGUCUUUAUAUGUGUAUUGUUUUUGCCCCUUGACUCAGGCAGGCCUCUAAUCUAUAUGAUUGAUUUGUCAUAUAUAUGCAGCGACGCCACAGUUUUUUCCGGCAAGAGUCGCGUGAUCUUUUUUUCUAAUCCAAUCUGUGAACAUACUAGAGGAAACUUCUACCUUUUCUACCUGAAUUACAUUAUCAACACUUUUGCACCAAAAAAUCGUGGUACUAGGAGAUGCAAACCUUUUGGUCUCCACAUCAAUUGCAGGAAAAAGAUUGACUGUUUGCAUGUGCAAUUAUCUUAUAUAUUAUGUAAAAAUAAAAGUAGGAAACGCCACAUGGAUGCGCAUGCCAUAACCCUUGCAUGGUUAGCACACGCCCUCACGUGA